GUUCUUUCUUCAUUCUUAGGCAAAAAGCAUUGUUUCUUCACUAUAUAUAUUUUCUUAUCAAAACAAGAGGGGAGGAGAAAAAAAAUUAUUCUCAAAAUACAAAAGAGUUUAAUUUUGAUAUACUGAUCGAGUAUGGCCAGAGAAGGUCUCGGACUUGAAAUCACGGAGCUAAGGUUAGGUUUACCCGGAGAGCCUAAAAGUUUGGUGAGUAUUAAUAAGAAUGAGAAGAAGAGAAUGUUUUCGGAGAUUGAUGGUAAUGGUGAUAACGAGAAGAAGAGUAACACUGGAGGCAACCUGAAGACUACUGAGUCGAAGGCUCAGGUCGUAGGGUGGCCUCCAGUGUGCUCGUACCGGAAGAAGAACAGCAUGAAUGAGACUACAAAGAUGUAUGUGAAGGUUAGCAUGGAUGGUGCUCCUUUCUUGAGGAAAAUUGAUUUGGGAAUGCAUAAGGGAUACUCUGAGUUAGCCUUGGCCUUGGAGAAGCUCUUUGGUUGCUAUGGAAUGGGGGAAGCAUUGAAGGAUCCAGAGAACUGUGAACACGUUCCCAUUUAUGAGGACAAAGAGGGUGAUUGGAUGCUUGUUGGAGAUGUUCCUUGGGAAAUGUUUAUGGAAUCAUGCAAGAGGCUUAGGAUUAUGAAGAGAUCAGAUGCGUGGCAAAUUGAAAAGACAUAUAUAGAGAUAGAUGAAAUUAAAGAAAAAAAUGUUUAGUCUUCUAAUUAAUUAUUAAUGUUGUUGUGCACGUUUUGAUGAUCAUGAUUAUUAUUAUUUUAUUAUUAUUUUAUAUUUGUGUUUUCGUUUCUUUUAUAUUAUAUUGAGGAAAUUAAGCAUGCCUUUAUUUUUAUAUAUAUAGCUUGAAGCCUUGAAUUGAUGUACAACUAUGAAUCAAACUUCUGUUUAUGUAUUAAGACUUAAUGAUAUGUACUUAAAUAGGAAACUCGUCGUUUUA